AAAUUUUUUAGUGUUUUUGAUAACCCACGUAAACUUGGUGAGGGUGUGUACGGCGAAGUAUUUGCGACCAAAUACAACGGACAACUUACUGCCCUCAAGGUGUUUCCUUUCUUCAUUCAUAUUAAACUGUCUUCACACUGGUUUUCAAGACUUGCUUCAGGGUUAUAUCCUGAGGAGUUUCUGGCGGCUUGGGAUGAGUAUGAUAAUGCUUAUGAGUCAGAGAACGAUCGACCCUCGGAAUAUGCUAGUGAGCAGCAGCUGUUCGUUGCCAUUGGAAUGCUGGCAAACGAAAACCAAGUGCUAUCGGUGUUGUUCCAAAUUGCCAUCUCUCUGGUCGUCGCGGAAGAACGUCUGGAAUUUGAACACCGUGACUUGCAUGUCGGAAAUGUGCUGGUAGUUGAAAACGAUGACAACCUGGAGUAUGCAAACAACGACUAUGUUGUUUUGGCAUAUGUUUUCAUGAUUUCAGAAGGGACAACUGUAUUUCGUGAUCUCGAAGAUGACGAGGAAUUGUUUACUGGUAACGGAGACUAUCAGUUCGAUAUCUACAGGUUGAUGAGAAAUGCAAAUCAGUAUGUUGCUAGUGACUGA